AUGCGGCUGCCGGAGCUGUGCCUGGCGCUCCUCUACGCCGCCGGCACCGCCACCGAACCCCCGCGGGCAGCCCGGGAGCGGCCGCUGGCCCCGGGAGCAGCCGUGGGACGUGGGGUACCCGGGGCGGCCCGCGUGGACCCCCGGCAGGCGUGGAUGCUGCUGGCCGGGAGCCCCGAUCGGGGCCGCGGCAGGACCGGGGCUCACACGGCACCAGCGGGCGCCGGCUCUCCGGGAAAAUCAAACUCGGCUGCCCCGGCCUCCCCCACGAUGCCGGAGGAGCUGCUGAGGGAGCUGCAGCUCCUGCUCAGAGGCAUGGCAAAGAUGUGCAGGACAGCUGGGGAAGGGUGUAAGGAGGAAAGCAGCAAAGGCAGCCCCGAGGCCGGGGCCCAGCAUCGUGUGGAAGCAGCUUUCCAUUGCCAAACGUCUGAAGACAUUGCUGUGGAGCAGAAGAUGUGGCAAGAGCUGGGCUUGUUCUACAUUCCUGAGAGGGAAGGCAUGUUCCACCGUGGCCCAGGGCUGAACCUGACCAGCGGGCAGUACACAGCCCCCAUUGCAGGAUACUACGCCUUCACCACCACGCUGCACAUUGCGCGCAGGGAGCCACGGAGGAAGGGGCAGGGAUGGCGACAGAGCCGCCUGCGGGUGCUGAUCUGUGUGCAGUCCCGCUGCCAGCACAACAGCCAUUUGGAGACUGUAUCUCGGCUGGAGAGCAGCAGUGACCUCUUCACAAUCUCUGUCAUGGGCACCCUGUACCUGCAGGCUGGGCAGUAUGCCUCUGUUUUCGUGGACAACACGGCAGGCUCUCCCCUCACAGUUCGAAGUGGCUCCGAUUUCAGUGCUGUUCUGCUGGGAGUGUGAAGAGGCACCAUGCUGAACCUGUGCCAGGAGCAGCCAGACCCUUCCCUCUGCCAGCCACCAUCCCCUGCUCAGCACCA